AUGGUGAUUUAUGAUACAUUAGGUAAAUUUUAUUUAGGCGAAUGAAUGUUCUUCACAUUUUAUUGGGUUGACGUUUCAGGGACUAUAACGUGAAAAAUUUACUCGCAAGAUGAUAAUAAGGAAGCUACAGGCACAAAUCCUGCAUAUGUAUGGCCUAACCUAUUAGAUGUGGGGUAUAAAAUGAAUGGCUACUUUUAUGAGAUUAUUGUUCAUAAAGGAGCAUUAUCAACUCAAAAUAUUGGAUCUUAUAAAAUCACUUUACUUGAUGACCAAGAAGGAAGUUAUGUCGCGAUGAAUACAGGCAUUGGCUCGUCACCUUGCUCAGAUAUAUCCCAUCCUAAAUAUGGGUGCUUAUCAAUAGAUUCAACCUGCCAAUGCCCAGCUUUAUGCACUAGCUGCGAUUCAACUGGCGUUUGUCAAGGAUGCACAGUACCAUACCGAAUUCUGAGCACAGAAUGCUGUAAUUUUAAUUUAGAA